AUGGAUGCUAAGAAAGAAAAUACAGGCGGUAACAUUGUUCUGAUCGUUGCUCCACUGAACGCUCUAAUCGAUAACCAGAUCUCCAUUUUGCAUGAACGUGGAAUUGAAGCAACUGUUUUGAAAAGCAAGAGCCAUACCGCAAAUGAAACUAGUAAUGAAGAAUGCGAGACUGAUACAUCUAAUGAUUGUGAAGAAAAUUUUGCAGAACUUUCACUUGACACCACCACAUUAGGAUCGCUUUUUCCUAAUGCCCCAUUGUUAGUUCUAACUGCAACAGCGCCUAAACAUGUACGAGAAGCGCUAACAAACUCUCUUUUGCUCAGUAAUCCGAGGGUGGUAGUUGCUAAUUUAGAUCGAUCAAACAUUUUUAUCCACAAGCAAAAACGAAUGCCAGCAUCUGCAGGCGAAGAAAGUUUCAAAGCAAUCCUACUUCCCAUCGCGAAUGAUUUGAAGAAUCUAUUAAGAGAGUAUCCACUAACAUUGAUAUAUUUGCCACUGAAGUGGUGUGGUUAUGCGUUUAAGCUUUUCUCCGAUAUACUGGGUAAAAAAAGUUAUUUCCCUCCAGGAGACGGAAAACCUGAGAAUUGCCUUUUUGCCCAGUUUCAUUCUCCUCAAACUGAACUAAUGAAAAAUGAAAUAAUGAAGCAAUUGCAAGGUCCAGACAAAUCAAGGUCUAUUCGUGUUGUUUUCGCUACAGUUGCAAUAGGAAUUGGUGUUAACAUUCACGACAUUAGGCAUGUCAUUCACAUUACAGUUCCAGGAACGAUUGAGUCCUAUUAUCAAGAAAUCGGUCGCGCUGGAAGAGAUGGGAAACCAGCAAAGGCAUCUCUGUAUUACAAUGGUCACGAUAUUUCCUUGAACAAACCCGGGAUGACGUCUGCAAUGCAUGGGUUUUGUUCCCAAGAUGAUAAAUGUUUAAGGAAGCUAAUCUUGGAUUACCUGGGAUCACCUUUGGCAUUGUUGUCAGUAAAGUUAAUGGAGCAACACUCUUGCUGUAGCAACUGCUCAAGAAAGUGCAAGUGCCUGUCCUGCCAAGUGGAUGAAGUGGAACUACUAAACGUUUGUCAAGAACGCGAUAAACAUGUGGAACCUCCACUACGCAAUGUCAGUGAUGCUUAA